CCCACUCUGUAUAGAGGUCCAAAGCCGGUGCGAAAUCACAUCAAGAGCCAAUCUAGAAGCUUCAAUAUUGGAGUGGCCAACUAAGCGAUAUCCAGCAGCACCUAGCAGGGCCUCGACUCUCUCCAAUCUCCACUCCGACCUUGGCCAGUCACCGUUAGCGCGUCACAGACUCAGCCUUCUCUCAUAUGGAUGUAUGCGAUGGCAACUUUCCGGGGGGGAGGGGGGCGGAAGUUGCUGUGCGUUUGCUCGAGCUGCUUUGCGGCGAGUUUCCCUCUUUCUCUCUCUCUCUUUUGUUUCGUAAGCGAGCCAUCUCGAUAACUAUGGAAUAGCGCAACGGAAUGGCCAAGCCAUUGAGUGCACGUUGGGUUGUGCUCCUUCGUCUUCGUCUCUCCUCUGCCUCGCCACUGGGGGCUGCUGAAGGAGUCUGCAAGUCGAUCAUCUGCCUCUUCUUGGCCCCAAGGUGGCAUGGAAUCAAUGGUAUGAGGCUGCAGCCUGUCUCAGAUUGGACGCAAUUGUCCAAUCGUUUUUUAUGUUUCCGUAAUGUAACAGUUUCAAGAUUGCCCUAUGAUGUUUGUGUCUCUCUUUUCUCGUGGUGCAAAUCUGCCCUCUCAGCCUCAUCGCCCCCAUGAAACACAAACCUCUCAAGACGGU